UUUGAUAGACGCCUAGGCGGAUACUAGCAUAAGUUGGAAUCCGGUGAUGAGUUGUAUUCUUAGCAUAAAGUUUGGCCAUUUAUUUAACCUAAAAAAAACUCAUAUCGAAAAUUGAGACCUCUUUUGUCCGUACGUUGAAUAAUUGUUCACUUUAUUCAGCCCAAUUUCCUUUCAAUUCAACCCACACUUUAAAAUUGCUAGCCAAACUCCGCCCAAACCCCAACACACUAGCUUUUUCUAUCUCUCUCUCAAACAAGCCAAACCAAAGGUUGGGCUCGAGUGGUUCAUGGAAUUUGAUUUUGUCAAACCUAUUUGGGGGGUGUAUGGUUUCCAUUUCUUCUUAAUUACACACCCCACGAUCUCAUUAAGCAUAUGUAUGGCAACACUGAAAUCCCAACCUAUGCUCUUAUUUCUUGCGGCCUUCCUUCUCAUCUCCUCAUCAAUCCUUCCUCAAUCAUCCCUAUCUUCUGCCCAUCCUCAUACAAACACAGCCAUGAGGUCAACACCAACACCACCAUCAAUAUCAUCUACAACCGAGUUGCACCCGAGCCGAAAGAGACUCCCGAGAUCACUCCGUAAUCCUUCUUCUACACAGAAACCACCGGAUUACGGAGCCAGCUAUCAUGAAGUCCCCGGCGGCCAUAAUCCAGCAAGCAACCGCCGGUAAGUCCAAUAUCAGCUGAGAUGAAGAGAGAUCAAAAUCAUUACCGCAGACAGAGCGGAUCUGUCACGUUAUAUAUAUAGAGUACGGUUUCAGUGAUAAAGAGCUUCCAACCUGAGUAAUGAGAUUUUAUACAUUUGAUUUUCACUCUUAUAUUAAGAGUUUUUAUAUGAUGACAGAAAGAAAAAAAAUCACAUAAAUUAUUACCAAUUUGUCAUCAUUUCAUUCAUCUUUGUGUACUAUGUUUGCACUUUUUAAGCGAUUGCUUGUAACUAUUGGUUACUUGGGUAUAUAUACAAAUAUGGUAAAAAGAAGAUAGAAGGAGUAAAUUGGCUGUCAAAAACAGGGGUAAAUUGGGGGUUGUCACAGUUUUGUUAGAUAGAGCCUUGGUCUGCAUGUAACCUAGUUGGGUCAUGUUCUUCUUUUAAGUUUUGUUUUUUUAGAUACGUGUAGCAUAUUUGUAAUCAGCUAUUAUUUGUGUCUGAUGAGUGGAUACAUCAGCCCAAUAAAUCAUGAUUUAUACAUUUAUUUGUUGCUUAUUAAUAAGGUAGUAAAUAAAC